GCAUACAAAACCAGUAGGUUGAUGAAAAACUAGGCUCUUAAACCCCUCUUUUAGAGAAGCCAUCCUUCUCUAAACAACAUAGGGAGGGAGCCGGAACCAAGUAAUAUGACAUAAUUAUUGUAUUGUUUUUUCAUAAUUUAUUUGGUGUUUUCCUUCUAUUGAAUCCUCCAAUUCUUUCUAAAGAAAUGUGGAUUUUUGGAAUCAAAGGAAAAACUGGCUUCUCAUCGAAUAACACAGCCGAGGAGGUCACGGAAGGAAUUGAUGGAACCGGCCUUACUGCCAUUGUUACCGGGUCGACAAAUGGGAUUGGAUUGGAGACUGCACGGGUGCUAGCCUUGCGGGGAGUACAUGUUAUAAUGGCAGUAAGAAAUGUGAAAGCUGGUGAAAGAGUUAAAGAUAAGUUACUAAAGAAUAUGCCUGAUGCUAAAAUUGAUGUCAUGGAAUUAGACCUCAACUCCCAGGUCUCCAUCAGAAAAUUUGCUCAAGAAUAUAUUUCCUUGUUUCUUCCCCUCAACAUCCUUGUUAAUAAUGCAGGGAUUAAUGGACCUCCGUUUUCCAUUUCUGAAGACGGAAUUGAACAGCAAUUUGCAGUUAACCAUCUGGGUCGAUUCCUCUUGACAAAUCUUUUGUUAGAUACCAUGAAAAAGAGUGCAAGUGAACGCGGGAUAGAAGGUAGAAUUGUCAAUGUAAGCUCAACUCUCCAUGCUUACGGGUACAAGGAAGGGAUUCGUUUCGACAAAAUAAAUGAUGAAAAGAGUUACAAUCCCACGGAUGCAUAUGGACAAUCAAAGCUCUGUACCAUGCUGCACAUUCUUGAGCUUUCAAGGCGCUUAAAGGAGGAAGGAGUUAAUAUUACUGCAAAUUCACUUCACCCGGGAAUGGUUGCUACUAAUAUUAGGAAAGAUCAAAGUACUGUCAGCAAAUUCAUUGGUGUGAUUGGGAGAAUUGUGUUUAAAAAUGUCCAGCAGGGUGCAUCAACGACAUGCUUUGUGGCUUUAAGUCCUCAAGUAAAAGGAGUGAGCGGUGAAUAUUUCAUGGGAAACAAUCAGAAAAGCCCCAAGGCAUCAAGUUCCAUGGCCAAAGACACAGAUUUAGCCAAGAAACUCUGGGACUUCAGCUUGACCUUGACCCAGCCGCCCCAGUAGUUUCUCAUGAUUUGAGACGAGGCCUCCUCUUGUUAAAACUUUGGCACAUUCACAAACAAAUUGUGAUGUAUUUAUACGUAUUAAAUAUAAGGAGUUUCUUAGUUCAUCAUGAUUCAUGGGUUUGAUUAAGCAUGAUACAUCUAGAUGUACAGUUUGAAGGCAAUUUUGUGUAUUAGAAUACAUUUCAUUUUUGCAAAGGUAAAUAUUUUAAG